CGUUUUAAACAAAAAAGUAAUGCAAGAUCAGAACACAAAAUCUCUUGAUCAGUAUAAUGCACCUUCAUUUAAAUCGCCCACAUCUUGGUAUACUUCAGACACAAUUAAUGAGUACAUUAAAAUGAUAGUAAAACGGUCAGAAGGUGAAGUUUAUGCAGUUGUCACUGAUUUUAUUGUAGCGUAUCUUCGAGGAGGUUAUCCAGCUGUAAGAAGAUGGAUAAAAAAAGAUAUUCACACAAUAAAAUUACUUUUUGUGCCCAUGAAUGUAUAUGGGAGUCAUUGGAUAUUGACAGUGGUUAAUAUACCUGAAAAGACUGUGACAUCAUAUGAUAGUCUUAAGUCGUAUAAGGGUCCUUAUCCAAUGGUAUUAAAAAAUUUCUUAAUUGAAUGGGAGAUGGACAAAAAAGGAAAAGCUUCUACAUGGGCAUUACAAAUAGGUGAGACAUCUCGCCAAACCAAUGGACAUGAUUGUGGGCCAUUUACUGUUGAGCUGGCAGAAAAAAUGUCUCGAGGAGAUACAACACCAAUAAAUGCAAAUUUUAUGCCUUUUAUAAGAUUAAGACACAAAAAUGAAAUUAUUGCUGGCGAGCUAUUCAAUUAAUAUUUUUAUGAAUGAAAUUUUAUUUUUGUAUUUUAUAUCAAUUUUCUUAAUAUUCACUAUAAAUUGAAAUUUUUAUUUGUAUACCACCAAACAUUUUUUUACUUUUUCUAUGUUUAAUUGUUGUUUUGUUAUUUUAUUUUAAUCUUAUUUUUCUUUGUAACA